CUUAUAUCCAUUUUAAUUUAAAUGAAAUUUUGUCUAUGCUUUUGAUUUAAUUUAGAUUUCAUUUUCAUUUUCUAUUCUGUCACUGUCAAAGACAAGACAAAAUAAACUUCCUUUUCCGUGUGGCAUGGUGACGGCUUGAGGAACCAAGAUGCAGAUCUUCGUGAAGACCCUCACGGGCAAGACCAUCACCCUCGAGGUAGAGCCCUCGGAUACCAUCGAAAAUGUGAAAGCCAAGAUUCAGGACAAAGAGGGAAUCCCCCCAGACCAGCAGAGAUUGAUCUUCGCUGGCAAACAGUUAGAAGAUGGCCGGACCCUCUCAGACUACAACAUCCAGAAAGAGUCGACACUCCACCUGGUGCUGAGGUUGCGUGGUGGUGCCAAGAAGCGCAAGAAGAAGAAUUACUCCACACCCAAGAAGAUCAAGCACAAGAAGAAGAAGGUCAAGCUUGCUGUGCUUAGGUUUUACAAGGUGGACGAGAACGGCAAGAUCCACCGGCUGCGGCGCGAGUGCACCGGCGAGCAGUGCGGCGCCGGCGUGUUCAUGGCGGUGAUGGAGGACCGGCACUACUGCGGCAAGUGCCACUCCACCAUGGUCUUCAAGGACGACGACAAAUGAGCUUAGGGUUAACUUGACUCGGCCGCUGUGUAUGAUGGAUUUUUGAAUAAAUCUUGACACAGUGUCAGAGUUACCA